GGAUUCGUGUCGCCCAUCAAGCGCCUGGUCUUCCCCAAAGCCUCCCGCAAGCCAGCGCCCAAGGGGAGCGUCUGCCGGAGGAGGCCCCUCCACUCGGUGCCGCUGUACCCGCCAGACUACCUCAUUGACCCGCAGAUUCUGCUGCAGGACUACGUGGAAAAGGAGGUGAAGUUUUUAGGACAUUUGACCUGGGUAAACACCUCCCUGAAUCCUUCCAGUCGGGACGAAUUGUUGCAGCUUUUGGAUACCGCCAGGCAACUGAAGGAGCUGCCGCUGCAGACCACACCUGAGCAGGACAGCAUCCUGAGCCUCUCGGCCCGCUGCCUCCUGCUCACCUGGAGGGACAACGAGGAGCUCAUCCUCCGGAUCCCCACCCACGAGAUUGCCGCUGCUUCCUACCUGAGGGACGAUGCGCUGCACCUGCUGGUGCUGAAGACAGGACAAGGUCCAGAUCCACGUCUGGAGUCUGGCCCAGGUCCUGAUCUAGAUCCUGAACCAGAUCUGGGCCUGGACCCGGACUUGAAUCUGGACCAGGACCUGGAUCUAGAUCUAGAUUCUGAACCAGAUCUGGGUCCAGAUCAAGAUAGAGAUCCAAAUCAAGGUUUAGGUCCAGGUCUAGAUCCGGGCAAAGAUCUAGAUCCCAGUCCAGGUCUGGAUACCGCCGAGGAGUCGUGUGCGCUGAUAUGCCAGGUUUUCCAGAUCAUUUACGGUGACCAAACCAUUGAGUGUGUGGAUCGGGCUGGCUACCAUUACACCUCCACCCCAAAACGUCCUUGGCUGUCCAGCCGGAGUGAGAGCUGUCGGACCGAUGGGACGUACGGUUAUGACGCUGACUUCAGCUGCUGCAGCUCUUUUGAUGGCUCCCACGAGACCUUCGAGGCCUACCACAGCGGCUCUUCCUCUCCUCUGCUGCACCAGUCGCAUCACAGCCUGGCCACCGCCUGCAGCGGGAGCGACCAGAGCAACACCAGCUUGGAGCAACUGCAGGACUACAUGAUGACGGAAAGUGGGUUACGAAACAAGUUGAGCCCCCAGGAGAUCCAAGGAUUCGCCCUUCUGCUCCGGGAAUACCGGACGGGCUUGGCGGUGGAAAGAUACUGCACCGGACUCCUCAGUCUCUAUGGGGAAAAGCGGAAAUUUCUCCUUUUGGGAAUGCGGCCCUUCAUCCCUGACCAGGACAUCGGCUACUUUGAGAGCUUCCUGGAGAGCAUCGGCAUCCGGGAAGGGGGCAUCCUGACCGACAGCUUUGGCCGCAUCAAGAAGAGCAUGAGCAGCACCUCGGCUUCGGCCGUGCGGAGCUACGACAGCUGGUCCUUGCACUCCGAGUCGGAGUCCUUCAAUCGCCGGAUCGCCAACAUCACGCAUGACAUCGAAGCCCUGGCAGGAGACGAGGAAGAGGAAGAGGAGGCGGAGCAUGGGAGCGAUGAAGACAAUUAUCUCUAAAGGGGGGGACCUCACUGGCCAGGAAGGAAGGAAGCCCCCUCGUCCCCCGGACCCUGUGAUUGGUCACAUCCAUCGGCCAACCAGGCUUUAAGACGGAUGGACUUCAACUCCCAGAAUUCCCCAGCCAGCGUGCUUUAAG